AUGUUAGGUUCGGUGCUGCUUUUUUUGCUGAUCGUGCUAUCAGUAGACGCAUCAGUGGUCACAACGGACAACGAUGCUUCAGUAAUUGCCCGAUGCGUCCAAAAAAUCGGAAACGUUUCUCGCCCAUCUGUUAAUCCAAAAGCGUGUCGCGCUUCCAGCAGUGCUGUGUAUUGUGAAACACUGUUUGGCCUCGGGAACAAAACGCAAGCAGAAAAUAUGGACACGACCCAAAAUUACAAAGUGAGCAAACUGUGUUAUGAUCCAACACUGAGCUCCCUAAGUUCCCGGUGUCGAUCGUAUUGUAAUUUAUGCUGCGAGGAUCCACGAUUCGACUGCGCAAACAGUCAGUUUGUACAAUUCCUUCCUUUUAAUUUUUACUUUGAUCAGUUAUCGUCCCAAACAACACUGCCUGGUACCAUUAGCAGAGCUGGCAAUCUUUAUAAAGUCGACAAAUGGGAGAACAUACGACUAAUCGGAUGA